UCGCGUGCUAGUAAAAGGAAAAGAAAAGAAAAGGAAGCCUUAGAAAACCCCGGCGAAUCCACCGCGUUGCGAGCUGCUGAAGCGUAAACAGAUUAUCGGAGUGAACCACUUCAUCAAAUCAGUUUAUCGGAGUGAACUAUUUCAUCAGCUUCCCAGUCUCUCUCUUCCUCUCUCUCUCUUCUUGGCGUCGUCGACUCCUUCGAUUUUUCCACAUCCAAAUUUCAGUGUGAACGCCAAUGUUUGAAUUUUUUGGUUGUCAAAGGGGACUGCUUUCUUCUUUGUAGAUACAAGUGCAAGAUAUGCUGCGUUGUUUAACCUUGAAAUCAUUGACUUCAUCAUCUGGAACUGCAGUAACUAGCCCUACGUGCCUUCCAGGUGAAGGGAAUUCGUCCCAGGACACACCUACAACACCUGGAACAAGUGCUCUACCUUCACCUACUGUCAAUCUCUCACAGGAGUAUGCACUUGCAGUGCAGACGAGUUCGUACAACGAGAUAUGGUCCAAGAUCCAUGUAGUUGAGCACUUGCACAGCAAUGAGGCCGACCAUCAGCAACAGCUUUUGUUGUCUGAUGUCCUUCAACCUGAUCGUGAGUCUGUGGAAGAGGUGUUGCAGCAUGCCUCACCCUCCACUUUUACUGAACUCGUAACUGCUUACUUUGAACACAGUGAGAAAACUUGCCAACUUCUCCUCCUCCUACACCAUAAUAUCCAUCAUGCCCGCUCCCUGUAUGGCCAUGUACAUGAUCUUGUUGGCGUGCUACCUACUGACACAGAAUCUAUGUCUGAAUUACAGUGCAAUCAUGCUUUUGAUGUUUUUCUCCAGUUUGAACAGAAAGGGAAUCCUUUUCCAUGCCCUGACUCCCACAACUUCCAUGACAUGAGACUUUGCUUUUUUCAGCUAAAGCAACAGGUUGACCAGCGCCUUGAAAAGUCCCGUGGCAAGGUUCGUCAAGUUCGUUGUGGCACCACCACAUCAGCUAUAUGUUUGAUUGGAGCAGUUGUUGGAGUUACUAUAGCAGCCAUUGCCAUUGGUGCUCAUGCAUUGGUGGCUUUGGUAGCCACUUCCAGCUGCCCAAUAUUUCAUCCUUCAAAAUUUACAAAGAGAGAAAAAGCAAAUAUGGAACAACUGGAUGCUGCAGCUAUGAGUGCUUUUGUGCUGCACCAUUCCUUGGACACCAUUGAUCGCCUUGUGUCACUCCUGCAUACUGAAAUUGAUGGAGACAGGCUUUUAAUUCGUCGUGGAUUGGAUUGGGGCAGAGACAAGUACCUUACACACGAAGUGGUGAAGCAGCUAAGGAAAAACCGAGAUUGUUUAUAUGACCAGCUUACAGAUCUCGAUGAGAAAAUAUGCCUCUGCUUUGCUGCAAUUAACAGAACUAGAUCUCUUCUCCUUAACGGGAUACCACUUUAUCAGAUGUAGUUUUUGCCCCUUACCUCUGUAAUUUUGUAUCAUCAUUUAGCCCACUUUAAUUUCGAGGGUUUAUAGAAAAAGGUUAAAUUCAUUGUUAGGUUUUCAUUAUUUAAUAUUCAAAUGUAGUACAUUAUUGUACCAAUGUACCUAUUUCAGGAUGAUAAUGUUAAAUUUAGAUCAUGCAACAGUUUUCACCUCA